AUGACGCAUAAGCCUACGACGAUCGACAGAGAAAUUCAGCGAAAUAUGGACAUUCUGCGACAACUGCUUUUAGAAGAGAGGAAAAACGAUGUGAAGAAAGGCUUUUCCAGACAAUGGACAAAUGACCAGGACUUUUUCGAGGACAUUUGCAGUGAAACGUAUGCGAAACUACCAGCACUGCCGCAGCAAAUUUGGGGCAAGCUGGUGUUCAUGGAGAUGAAUCGACGAGUUGGCAAACUUUAUGUACGUCAACCUUCGAUAAUCAUCGAUGGAUCUGAUAUCCAUUUCGAUGGGCUGAGGUAA